AUGUCCACUGCUCAGCUGUUGCCGUUUCUCUCCUCCCGACUUGGGGAUGGUGAUGUUGCUGUGGGGCUUGCCAAGAGCGGCCGCACCUUCUUAGGCCCUGCCCUUGAGCUGGGUGAUCGGAAACUAGAGGCCACACAGACUUUGGUGGCACAGAUGUUUGUUGCUGGCGAGGUGCUUGAGGCCUUCAGUUGCAGCACCCCGCCCGUCGGGGCGUCUCGACAGCUCCUGCGGCAACUCUGGAACUUCCAGGAGCUUCGCUGGUUCGGAGGACUGUCAUAA